ACCUUGCUGGAUGGAGUAAAAAGAAAUUCAUGAACAAUAAGACGAUUGGCAAUAACUCACCGUCAAGUACUAAAAUUAAAGAAUCUCAUAUUUCCUCUGCAAACAAACAGUCUGGGAAGAAACUCAAGAGUAACAACAGUAGUUUGUUCAAUAGUCACAGUAAUCAUACAUAUUAUAAGAAUAGUAGCAUAAAACCACUUUCAAAACAUUCUCCAGUAUCUGUUUGGGAUGUUGAUACUUUCGAUAGCCUUGGAGAUAAUGGUUUUAUUAGCAAUGAUGAUUAUUUCACAAUGUCUUCGAUUUCUAACAAGAGACCAGAUGGAAAGAGGGCUAGAAGUGGUUAUUUGUGA